CAUUCAAGAUUUUAUCUAAUUCAGGUUCUAACGUUCGAACCCUGGCUAGGCAGCAUUACCAUUUAUACAGAACAAGUAAAAGCGAUUGACACGUGCGUAGUUUUUCUCACGUACGAGUUAAAAAAGAGUGAGGAGACUUUCUUUUUUUUUUUUUCCGUCCCAAAAGUCAACAAACUGAGAAAGCAGCAUCGCAUCGGUGAGAAGAGAUUCCAGAUUCGCUCGCUAAUAAUAUUUGGAGUCGGGAGGGGUGACCUGAGAUAUUCACGACACACAACAAAUAAUCAUGUGGAGAAGAAUCGUCUCCUCUGGACUCAAAACCCUAGCCUCCGAUGUCGCCGCUGCUUCUCCUCGUCGAUCCGUAGCCACCACCGCCGUGAGACCCUUGAGGUUCUAUCUCGCAUCCAAUCCCGCUUCUUCUUCCGUUAUCUCUCGUCAUUUCAGCUCCGAAUCAGUGGAGACCGUUGGGAAGAAGAAGGUGGAGGAUGUUAUGCCCAUUGCUACUGGACAUGAAAAGGAGGAGCUUGAAGCGGAACUUGAGGGGAGGAGGCUGCUUGACAUUGAUUUCCCUGAAGGUCCUUUUGGAACUAAGGAAGCUCCUGCUAUCGUAAAGUCCUACUAUGACAAGCGAAUUGUGGGAUGCCCUGGUGGUGAAGGCGAGGAUGAACACGAUGUUGUGUGGUUCUGGCUGGAGAAAGGAAAGUCUUUUGAAUGCCCCGUUUGCACUCAGUACUUUGAGCUGGAAGUGGUUGGUCCAGGUGGACCUCCCGAUGGUCACGGUGAUGAAGACGAUGAGCACCACCACUGAUUCCGGCUUCUCCCUUGCUGCGAGUUUUGCUUUUUUUUUUUUUAAUUAUUUUUUACUGGAAUAAAAAACAUAUGCUGCUGGUGAGACAGUUAAAAAUGUUUUUGAUCCUUUUGGAACAACACUUCGGUAUCGGAAGUUGUCAAAAUGCCUAAAAAUGUUUUACUUUUGUACCAAUUCUUGAAUCAGAAUCAUUCUUGCCUUUUGCAUAUUAUUAUAUACUCUUACCCUUUUAA